AUUUUUAUACCUUCAUUAACCAUCAAACCUCUUUUUUUUUUUUAUAUAUAUCUCUCGUACAUUCUUCAGCUUAACUGCCUAGUUCCUGAUUUUCUAAAAGCACCAUUAUCCUCGCCAUGCCAGACUACGGCGAGAAGCAGGAGUACUCGGUGGAUGACCCAGUGGAGGAUGCGUUUCAACAAAACGAGGAAAACCAGGAAUUUGGCGCAGUCAAGCGUGACCUAAAGUCUCGCCAUCUGCAGAUGAUCGCUAUUGGAGGCACUAUCGGCACAGGCAUCUUUUUGUCUUCAGGAGGAUCAGUUGCUGCUUCUGGACCCCUUGGAGCCUUGAUUUCAUACACCAUUGUUGGAAUCAUGGUUUUCUUUAUAGUCACAUCUCUAGGAGAAAUGGCUGCCUAUCUGCCAUUGCCUGGUGCAUUCACAACUUUUGGCUCACGCUUUGUCGACCCAGCUCUGGGCUUUGGCCUCGGAAUUGGCUAUGCUUUUCAAUGGACCAUCACUGUCACGAUCGAGGUCACCUCUGCAGGACUUAUUUUACAAUAUUGGUGGCCAGAUCUAAAGAUGUGGAUCCCUGCCCUUGUCUUCAUCCUAGUCCUCGUCGCAAUCACCCUACUGGGCGUCAAAGCCUUUGGCGAGCUGGAGUACUGGUUGAGUAUGAUCAAGGUCCUGACCUGUGUAAUCUUCAUCAUUGUAGGCAUCCUAGUCUGCACUGGAGCUGUUGGAGGUGAAACCAUCGGAGGAAAAAACUGGCAUAUUGAGGGCGCACCCAUCGUUGGAGAGUCUACACGCGAUAGGACUGUCAAUAUCUUUACCACCUGUGUUUGGGCAUUCUUCAGCUUCGGCGGCACAGAGUUGAUCGGCAUCACCGCAGGAGAAUCUGCCAACCCCGGUAAGGCUGUUCCCAAGGCCAUCCGUCAUACUUUCUGGAGAAUCUUGUUGUUCUACAUCCUCUCAAUCACCGUCAUUGGCCUGAAUAUCCCAUGGACAGAUAAAAACUUGCUCAAUUCAGCUCAAGCUGAUGUUAAUGAGGCAGUGCCGAUGGCGCCCUUCACAAUCAUCUUCAAGAUGGCCCGUCUGCCUGGCGCUGAUCAUGCCAUAAACGCUGUUCUCUUGACUGCUGUCCUCUCGGCUGGCCAGAGCUCAUUCUAUGCCUCUACACGGACCCUGAUGGCUAUGGGCCGUGAGGGCAAGAUGCCCGCCAUCUUUGGACGCGUCAAUAGCCGUGGUGUUCCCCUAUACUCCCUUGCUCUUGUCACCCUCAUCGCCAGUAUUGCGUUUGUCUCUGACGUUGUCGGUACUGGUGUUGUCUUCACAUGGCUUGUCAACCUCACAGGCAUGUCAGCCUUACUCACUUGGAUGUCAAUCUCCAUCAUUCACCUGCGUUUCCGUGCUGCGCUCAAAGCCCAAGGCCGUUCCUUGGCUGAGCUACCAUACAUCGCACCACUGUUCCCAUUCAGCUGCUACAUCUCUAUCCUGUUAGCGCUUAUGAUUGUGUUUAUGCAGGGCUACCAGGCAGUUACAGCGGAGCCGUUUGAUGUCGAAGGAAUUGUCGCAGUCUUCGUGGGUGCACCAGUCUUUUUCUUGACGAUCAUUAUCUGGAAAGUGUAUCAUAAGACCAAGCUGGUCCCUUUACUGGAGGUCGACCUUGACUCUGGACGACCUACCAUCCUCCGCGGCACAAGUAACGCUGUUGCUCAGAAAGGACAAGAGGGUGGUGAUGAGAAUGUUCACCUUCCCUUUUGGAAGAGAACUGGCCGCAAGAUCCUUCGUCUUAUUGCCUAAUAAUAGGCGAUUUGAGCUUCUUUUUAUUUUUAUCAACAAGACAAGACAAAGUGGUUGUCAUCCCAUCAUCUUGCUAUUCGCAUGUAUUAUAUUUAUUUAUACCAUUGCAGGAAGUAUAUAGUACCACAGCAUUACCUGUUCACAUUAAAUUUGCCUAGAUUUUG